GCUCAUUAAUUCAAAGAAACGACCGACGCGGCAUCAACAUCGCAUUCGCCAACCUCCGCUCGCACUUGGACGCUGCCGGUGAACACCCCACGCCUUAAAGACUCAUCCUCACGUGUCCAUCUAAGAAGAGAGGAGUAGCGAGGAGAUUCGACAUGAACCAGCUGCGGAAGCUCGCCAGUUAUGUCGUGGACAGUUCAUUGAAGCCGUCGGCGACAUCUCCACCCCAACAGAACUCGAACCUCCCACCUGUCCCGUCGUACAAACACCUCGACUUGACGUAUGUUACCACACGACUUCUCGUGGGUGGACGUGCCGUCGACGGACCUACCGACAAGAUGAGCUGCGUGAACAACGCGACGGAAAUGAAAGCGUACCUGGAUGCCGCCCACAACGGAAAGUAUGUAGUGUUCAACCUGACCGACGACAACGCGGACGCACCAGUGAUCUCCCCACAAACUCUCGAUUUUACAUGGGAACGAGACGGCGGAAUUCGCACGUACACCCCGCCCGCGGACCACAUCUUUCGAAUUUGCUAUGCCAUCUUUGCCUGGUUAGCAUUGGAUGCUGAGAACGUCGCGCUGUUGUACUGCCACAAUGGAAAGACCCGCAGUGGCGUCAUCUGCGCGUGCUACUUCUUGUUUGUCCGCACGGUCGACGACCCGAUGUCCGCGUUGGCGCAGUUCUAUCAGAAACGCCUCGGCAUCGACACCCUCACUCCCGAAUAUGUCAAGCGGAGCAUGCCCAUUUCGAUUCAACGAUUUGUAUCCAAUUUUUCCAUCAUCAUGAACGCGCAAACGAUACCGAACCCAGAGCCGCUGCUACUAAAAGCCAUCAUGUUUCGCGCGUUGCCGGUCGAGAUGGCGCCGUUGGUGCAGCUGUGGGACGAUGACAAGAUGGUGUUUUCAACGGCGGCGACCGACGACGUCGCCAAGCCCGUCAUCGACUGGAAUCCCGAAGACGGGUUCCUCGCGAUUCUGUGGGAGUCUGGGAUUCCCCUCGACGGCGGCUUCUCCAUCCUGUGCUCGUUUGGCGACGACUACCAAGCCGACACAUCGUCCGACCCGACGUCCCGCGUCCUGUUUCGGUACAUGAAUUCAACAUGGUUCCUCUCGGCAGGACUCGUCACCCUCAAGAAGCCGUGCUUGGACAUGAUGAAGCAGUACGAACACGGAUUUGACGAAGACAAUUUCAGCGUCGACAUGGUUUUCCAUGAUAACCCGACCGUCGAGCCCAAGCCGUUCGUUCCAGUCAACUACACAGGCAACUACGCAGUCAAGCAAGGCAUCGUGGAGAUGGCGAGCCACCACACGAUUGCCCCCGACCCGUCCAUGUACUUGAACUUUAUCAAGACUGGCUUUGACGCGACCGCGUCGACGUUUGCACUGCAGCGCGCCGAGAACGCGCCGAACCUUGCCUUGGACAUUUUGCAUUCGGAGGGCAUCUCUACGAUUUUUACGCGCCUGCUUCCGCUUCCAAGUCACCCGUCGCCGUCCAAACUCGCGGCAACGGGCGCUGGCUUGAAAGGGUUCACAGGAAGCAGCUCGAAUUUGCUUCAGUCCACAACGGACGAAGCGAUUCGAUUCCACACCACUACCGCCGUCGCCACGGAGUGGAGUGCGUCCCCGAAUGUGAGCCGACGCCAAUCCACCCAUGUCGACGGCAUUUUGCGUGGCGAUGUCCGUACCAACGUCGACCUCAGUAGGCGUCACUCAUCCACCGACAGUGCACCUCCACCGCGUUGUAAACCCUCCACCACGAUCGAGGCGAAUAGUGCAGUGAACUACCAAGAAGCCGUGUGCGCAGUCUGCAGGGAAGAAGACUACGUGCUGCGUCCCCAACUCGUGCGCUGUGCUGGCGGGUGCCAGCACUUCUUUCACACGGGCUGCGCAGGGCUGAAAAAGAUCCCGUUUGGCCUAACGACCAUGAGCGACCGUGCCAACCACGCCGCGUACAUGAAGAAGUUUUUCAGCACGUGGACAUGCGCAGAUUGCACGUGUCAGCACCGCGCCGACGCGCCUUUACCCAGUGACUCGCCUCAGAGCAAGAGCUCUCCUACCAAGCAAAAGUUGGAAAAACUCCGGCUUUUGCUCGACGAAAAGGGCCUGUCGUUGGACGAUUUGCUCAGAGUCGCCGAUGCCAAAGCUCCAAGUGGGAAUUCGACCCCCACCGCCGCGGCCGGCGCAGACGACGCGUCGUUAGCCAAGUACGAGCGCAUGAUUGACAAUGGCGUACCGCUUGAAGCAGCACAGAACUGCAUGGUCCGCGAUGGCGUCGCCGUCGAUCCGUCGCGACUUGCUGCUUACGUUCCAUCCAAACCACUCGCACACCAACUUGCCCAGCACAAGCAGUCGGACGUCCUCUUGCUCAAGGACGCGAUCCAGUUUGAGGGGUAUUUUACCAUGCUCCAGAAAGGCAUCUCGAAAGAUGCUGUCAAGCACAAGAUGAAAAUGUGUGGACUAAACCCGGACAUUCUCAACUUGGACCCCAACUCUGUGUACAUGGAAGUUCGUGACAAAAUUGAAAUGCUGCAGGCAGAGUACACUCAGCCACCACGAUCUCCCCCCAAAGCCCCGUCGCCCCAGAAACCGUCCACGUCCCCGCACAAACCGACGGUGUCGCUUCCAAGCCCAAACAAAUCGACAACAACUCCAGCCACGACAAUCCACCGAGUCAAAAACCCACCGACGAGCGCAACCACGGCAUCGGCAACUAGCGCCGGUCCCCCUGGCAAGCACGAAGACGAGCCGGAGAAGGCACCGGCACCAGAUUCCCCGAUGGCCGACGGGAAACUCACCCUCAAGGACGAUCCCACGUACGGCAAGUACUUUAAAAUGCUCAAACUCAACAUUCCACAAGAAGCGGUGCGCCUCAAGAUGGUCGAGCACGGGGUGAACCCCCACGCCCUCGUCCUCGGCCCGAGCGCGCUCGUUUCCGAGUUGAAUUCCACAACCACGUCGCCAAAACCCGCGGUGCUAAAAGACGACCCUAUUUAUGCCAAAUAUUUCAAAAUGCUCAAGCUCAACAUCCCCGAGGAAGCCGUACGACUCAAGAUGAAGGAGCACGGGGUGAACGAGAAAGCGUUGGAGCUCGGUCCCGACGGAUUGGUGUCAGACUUGACGACGCCAGACGGACUCCCUGGCAAACCACUGCUUCUCAAGGACGAUCCUGUCUACGGCAAGUACUUUAAGAUGCUCAAGAUGAACAUCCCGGAAGGCGCGGUCAAGCAAAAGAUGAUUGAGCACGGGGUAAACGUCAAAGCACUCGAGUUGGGACCCGACGGGUUGAAAGCCGUCCGACGGAAGAAAUUGUUUUGGCAAGCGUUGCCGGAAGAUCGACUGAGGCGGGCGUCGAGCACAAUUUGGGAGGACAAAGAUCACAACAUUCAAUUCGACAUGGACGAGAUCGAGACGCUGUUCUUCAAGGAAACGACCGUGGUCAAGAAACCCGUCGCAAAACCCCUGGCCCGGAAGCAAGCGGUGACCCUCGUCGAUGGCAAGCGCGCGAUGAACGCUGCGAUCGCGCUCGCCCGAAUCAAACAGAGUUAUGCCGAUCUCGCCAAGGCGAUCCUCACGUACGACGCGAUGGGGCUGACCCUGGAGCAGCUCACCACGAUCCAUGAGUUCUUGCCCACCGACGAAGAAGUGGGGAUCGUCCAGCGAUACUCGGGCGACCCAUCCGUUCUUGGAGAGGCCGAGAAGUUUUUCGCUGCCAUCGCCACCGUGCCCCGGUUUGCCAUCAAGAUGGACUGUUUGGUCUCGAAGCAAGCGUUUGCAGCGCACGUGACGGAUUUGACAACGUCCAUCUCGAACGUGAUCCACGCGUGCGAAGAUGUGAAAGCGAGCCGCCUGCUCAAACUUCUCCUGGGCACGGUCCUCAAGCUCGGCAACACGUUGAACGGCGGGGACGAGACCGAGCAUGCGGUGCGCGGGUUCUCUGUCGAUUCCCUGCUCCGCCUUGGCCACACCAAAACGAACGAUCAAAAGACGACCGUGCUCCACUACUUGGUGCGCGUGCUGCGCAAGAACCAGCCGCACGUGCUCGAGUUUCAAACGGAGCUGCAACACGUGUCGUUGGCGGCGCGGGAACCGAUCGAGUCGAUCGACCAACUGUUUUCCGCGCUCGACAGCGACGUGAAAAAGACUGCCGACGAAUGCCGCCGCAUGCAACAGGACAACGCAGAGUCCAGUGUCGUCCAGUCGAUGCAAGCGUCGAUUGCCGCGUCGACACACCAACUGGACGCGCUGCAGCAGCGCAUGGCUGCCAUGAAGCACGAGCUGACAACCGUGUUUGAGUACUUUGGCGAAGACCCGGCCAAGAAACCGACCGAGUUUUUCCUCACGUUGUCGUCGUUUUGCACCGCGUUCGACAAAGCCAAGCAGGAGGUGGUGGCGGCCGAAGAAGCGAAGCAGCGCGCCGAGCGCAGCAGCCAAGCGAUGCGGCCCCGCGCGACCACGGACGCAGCAGUCAUGCUCGACCCCGUCGACAAAGCCAAGCUCAUCAGCGCCAAGAACUCGUUCUCCUUCCACACGACCAAACUCCCAUCCAAGACGUCGACAACGACCGACCUCGAUCGAACUGCUUCUUCCCGCUUUUAA